GCGCGAGUGAGCCCGGCCAGCUUCCGUAGAUUCUGAGCGCGUGCGUGACGCAGCAGCGUCCAACGGUCAGAAGAAUUUUCACAGGCAAGAUGGCGACUUCGGAGCCGCGAGGAACUGAAAAUGAAGAAGGCCGUGCUGAUAGUCCUACGGCUGCUGUGACGAGUCCUGAACAGUACAUCAAACACCCUUUGCAAAACAGAUGGGCUCUCUGGUAUUUCAAAAAUGACAAGAGUAAAAGUUGGACAGAAAAUCUGCGUCUCAUCUCCAAGUUUGACACGGUGGAAGAUUUCUGGGCAUUAUACAAUCACAUACAGCAGCCCAGUAAGCUUGGAUUUGGCUGUGACUACUGUUUAUUUAAGGAUGGUAUUAAACCCAUGUGGGAGGAUGACAGGAAUAAACUCGGUGGAAGGUGGUUAAUGACCCUGAGCAAACAGCAACGGCACAAUGACCUUGACCGCUACUGGAUGGAGACACUGUUGUGUUUAAUCGGAGAGUCCUUUGAUGAGGCCAGUGAAGACGUGUGUGGAGCUGUGGUCAAUGUCAGGCCAAAGGGGGAUAAAAUAGCCAUCUGGACAGGCAACUGCCAAAACAGGGACGCUAUCAUGACGAUAGGGCAACAAUACAAAGAGCGUUUGAGUCUCCCAAUCAAAACCCUCAUCGGAUACCAGUCACAUGACGACACCUCUAGCAAAAGUGGCUCUACAACAAAGAACAUGUAUUCAGUUUGAAGAAAACUCAUUUCAACUCAUUGUAGGUUUAUAAAAUUUCAAAUUCGCAUCACAUUAAUACUUUUGAGUUGUCAACUACUGUAGUGUCCUUCCUUUUUAAGAAAAGAAAAAAAAAGUCAAAUAUGUAAAUGUAGUGCUCUCCAGCCUGAAAUGAUCGGCACCGUUACCGUGUGGAUCAGAGGACGUCUGCUUGUUUAGACCUGAGAGAGGACCGCAUCAGCUAAAGCUACACGAGUUGAGCUAGAUGUUACUGAUAUCAUUUUAGUCAUUAAAAGGACUAAUCCAGACUUACCUAGCUGAAGAGGUUCUAAGGCUUAGAUAAGAGACAUACCGUUCUUUGCUUUAACCUUUCUUUCUCUUGCGUGUCACGCCAUGAAGUGUUUCUCACCGUCAGACGAACAAAUAAACCCACAACUAAAUCCGCACGGACAUUUUAAGGGCCCAAACUGUUUUAACAUGCUUUGGUUGGAGGUGUUUGGCAUGAGAAGUGAUUGCAGAGACGCCUGCAGACUGACUAUCUUAAAGGUUUGUAAAGGAUUACUUUCGCUCGAGCUCCAAGUUUGAAAUUUGGAGGAGUGGUCAUUUAUUGUUUCAGCUAUGCUGGAAUUGUGGCAUCUUGCUUGUAGACCUAUCUAACAGUUGUUUCUCCCCUUCAUCUAUUUAUGAAAUGCUUUGCAGUUGAACUAUGUAGUGUGAGGAACACCAUGAAAAUCAAGCUCCUGUUUUCUUUCGGUUACUUUUUGAGGUUCUUAGCAAUGUGGACAACUGCUUGCUGUUUUUUUUGUUUUGUUUUGUUUCAAUUUUUAUUAUUAUUUUUUUUUUUUUUUACAGUGUAUUCAGUGAAUGCCUGGACAUACAUGCUUUUUAGGUUUGCUACCACUUUCCCCCCUCAUUGAUACUGUAGACAUUUUCUAGUUUACCCCAAUCUUUGGAUCAGUGAAAGAAGAUAGGAUAUUCAUUGUGAAUUUAUUUUGCUCAUAAUGUAUCUUUAUUAUCUGUAAUUCCAGGAUGUAUAUUACCUUCUUUCAAAGUAAAGGUUAUGUGCUUUGCAUUAACAUUUGAA